AUUGUUUUCUAUCGUAAUGAAGUUGCUUGUUGUUAAUGCUAUCGAAAUUGUGUCUUGCACGUGGAAUCGAUCGACUGCCGGCCGCCGGAGAUCUACAGCAAUUUUAGAUACUUUGUAUAUUCCUCACAAACAUGGCACAGCUUUUGAACCGCAUAGGACAAUUCGGUUUAGGGCUGGCAUUAACUGGAAGUGUUAUUAACACUGCUUUAUACAACAUUGAUGGAGGUCAUAGGGCUGUUAUCUUUGAUAGAUUUAGUGGCAUAAAGAAUCAAGUCGUAGGGGAAGGAACACAUUUCUUUAUUCCCUGGGUACAGAAACCUAUCGUAUUUGAUAUUCGCUCUAGGCCAAGGAAUGUUCCUGUAGUCACUGGAAGUAAAGACUUACAAAAUGUAAACAUCACACUUCGUAUUCUCUUCAGACCUGUACCAGACACAUUGCCAAAGAUCUACACUGUUCUUGGUGUAGAUUAUGAUGAAAGAGUACUCCCCUCUAUUACAAACGAAGUGUUAAAAGCUGUAGUUGCUCAAUUUGAUGCGGGAGAGUUAAUCACACAGAGAGAAAUUGUCUCUCAGAAAGUUAGGGAAGAACUAACAGAAAGAGCUGGACAGUUCGGAUUAAUUUUAGAUGACAUUUCCAUUACUCAUUUAACCUUUGGAAAAGAAUUUACUCAGGCUGUAGAAAUGAAACAAGUGGCACAGCAAGAUGCAGAGAAGGCACGUUUUCUAGUAGAAAAAGCAGAACAACAUAAGAGAGCAGCUAUUAUCAGCGCAGAAGGUGACGCCCAGGCAGCCAGCUUGAUUGCAAACUCCCUCGGUGAAGCAGGCGAUGGUUUAGUCGAACUGAGAAGAAUCGAAGCUGCAGAAGACAUAGCUCAUAAUCUAUCUAGAUCUCGUCAAGUAGUCUAUUUGCCAGGCGGUCAAAAUGUCUUAUUAAACCUGCCACAGUAAAAAUACAAGCUCGAAUAAAAAUUAUAUACAUAAGUAUGCAUUUAUGGUGUAAUGUAUGACUUUCGAUGCUAUGAUGGUACACUAACAGUAGAUAAUUUAGGGAGACGACAUUAUGAUCGUACACUAAUAGUAGAUGAUUCGAAAAUGAUAUAUAGGAUGAAUGCAUAUAGUACUUCAGAUUAUUUACAUAAUUUCAAAUUGAAUAUUCAGUAUGCAGAUUUGCUCCCAAACAUACAAAUUCAUUUUAUUUUGAUUUACUCGAUUUUCACAGCUUUUAUAUGUUAUGAUUUCCUUACUCUCCAUGUACACAGUAGUCGCUUGAUAUUAGUCGCAUUUUACAGCUGCCUUUGUUGCCUUGUUACUAAAUAUAAUUUAACUUGUUUGCUUUUCAGAAGA